AUGAGUACUCUCAAUCUCUAUCUUGUCAUCUCUAAGGAGCGAGGUCAAGGUCAACCUCGACACUGGAUUCUCAUGCUUGCAGAGGAAAAUGCCACGCAUGGGAUCUUCUAUCGUAUAACUGGAGGACCCAUGCAUGGUAAGCCAUAUGAAGUUACUAUUGAACCCAAGCGCGUUGACAGCCAUGGUAUUGAGAAGCGUCACUUAAUUGCCCAGGUCCUCGAGAAGCAUAGGCAGAAGAUCAAGGCUGCUGUUCGGCAAGCUCCCCCGCUGUUCUGUCAGCGCUGGAUCUUGAACGUUGUCGAGGACUUGGAGAAGCAAGGUGUCGUUCCUAAGGGAACUUGUUCCAAGUGGAAUGAAGCCUUGGAAACUGAUCCCUUCUCAGAUAAUGGUGCUCCCUUGAAUAAGUUUUCGGGUGGCAGCGAUAACUAA